GUCCGAAUGAACAAAGUUGAGGGCCAUUUAACUACUUACCAAUCAUUCUAUCUUAGCAGUACUAUAUAUAUUCUAUAGAAGCCAAAGAAAUUAUUGUAGCAAAACCAAAUUAGCUAAAGCUAGCUAGUUUUAUCAUCAUCCCCCCUUCUUCCAUCAAAAAGUGCAGAAACAGAGAGGAGAAUUCCUUACCUUUUUGUUUUGUCUUCCGCAAUUCCAAACAAAACUCUUGAAUUUAUGUUCUCCCAAAAAUACAAGCCAAAACCCUAGAUUAAUUAACACCACACACCAUCAUCAUUAGCAGUUAACAACGAAAAAGACACCGAGCAUUAACACCAAAAAAUCUAGCUUAGAUUAAUACUUAUAAUUAGGACAGUAAUUAUAAUCAUCAUCAGAUGUCAAACCUUUCAGCUGGUGAUGAUGGCAGCUUUUCUUCAGGUGAUGAGGUCCAUCAAGAUAAGCAGCCACCUCAGCCUCAGCCUUCAAACUCCGCCGCCGGCCAUAAUAAUACCAAUGGCCAACCGGGCUCGCAACCACAGCAACAGCAACAAGGCAAGAAGAAAAGAAAUCUACCAGGAACGCCAGAUCCAACGGCCGAAGUUGUUGCCCUCUCACCAACAACUCUCAUGGCGACAAACAGAUUUGUGUGCGAAAUAUGCAACAAGGGAUUCCAAAGGGAUCAAAACCUCCAGUUGCACCGAAGAGGACACAAUCUUCCAUGGAAGCUCCGGCAAAGAACCACCACCGAGGUGAGAAAACGAGUGUACAUCUGCCCGGAGCCGACCUGUGUCCACCACAAUCCGGCCCGAGCAUUAGGGGAUCUCACCGGAAUCAAGAAGCACUACAGCAGGAAACACGGGGAGAAGAAAUGGAAAUGUGACAAAUGCUCCAAGAAAUAUGCAGUGCAAUCUGACUGGAAAGCUCACCAAAAGACCUGUGGCACCAGGGAAUACAAAUGUGAUUGUGGUACCAUUUUCUCUAGGAGAGACAGCUUCAUCACUCACAGGGCAUUCUGCGAUGCACUGGCCGAAGAGAACAACAAAGUAAACCAAGGCCUAAUGAGCAGCGGCGGCCAAUUGCCGGAUUUCAUGUCCAACGCUCUCCCAAAUGCCUCCAUGGGCCUCUCCGAUUUCAACAACUUCGACCCAAAAAACCCACUAAAAUCACUCCCUCACGAUCUCGUCCCAUUCAAGCCCAUGAACAUCGUCGGCGGCGGCAUGUUUUCCAGCACCACUUCCGGCACACUUUUCGGCAGCCCGAAAGGCAUGCCUUCAACAUCAUCCUCCGGGCUCCAGUUAAGCUCAUCAAACGGCGGCGGCGCUUCGACCUUCAACAGUUACCUCCAGUCCGACGGGAAAAACGGAUCCGGCCCGCUUUCUCUCUCCGGGUCACCCCACAUGUCCGCCACCGCAUUGUUGCAGAGAGCCGCCCAGCUCGGAGCCACCGCCACCAAUAACAGCAUCAGCUCUCCGAUGAUGCAGAAAACCUUCGUUACCGGAAUGGCCGGUCCCGAUCACAAUCAAAUCUCUCCACCAAAAACAACACCAACAACUACUUAUAAUAACAAUAAUAAUAACUCGUACGAGAAUUUUCCAACUACAGUACAACAGCCGCUGGAGCAAUCAAACUUAGUCGGACUUAACAACCACCAUCAUCAUCAACAGUUUUUCAGUGCCGGGACGGCGAAUAAUUCAGCAAUGAAUGAUAUGGCAAUGUACGGCGGGAUGCUAAUGAGUAGUGGUACUAAUGAUCAGAACCCCGCCACGGUCGGAUUCAUGAGGAAUCUGCAAGAACGCCAUGAUCAUCAGGUGGAUACCGCCGGAACCAUGGGAAGAACUGGGGGUGGUGGAGCUGCGGCGGCGGUGGGUAUGAGGGGAGGAAAUGCGGGGAAUGAUGUGUUGACUGUGGAUUUCUUGGGGAUUGGAGGAGCAUCAAGACCACCUCCAAAUUAUAACAUUCAUCAGCAGCCAGGAAUGCAUAUAAUGGAUCCAUUUCAUGGGGAACAAGCGGCGGCGGAGAAGCCAUUAUGGGAGGUUUAGUACGUACACAUGCAUGAUGAUAUAUAUGAUCAUGGAUUUUCGGGUUUCAGUUUACUUUUAACAUAAGUCAAAAGGGGAAGACACAAAGAAAGAAGACUAGAUUGACUUGACUUUAGAGUUCAAAGCGUUUGACUGUGAUGGAGUACUUUGUUCUAUCUUGUAAUGUUUUUCAAAUAAUUAUAAAUUUAUAAUCUUG